GAAUAUACAAAUCACAGUAUAAUCAUGAAUUAUGGAAUAAUAUAACAGAAUGGCUGUUGAAAUAAUUACCUUCGGUUAACACGAUUAAUACUGGACGAUUUUAGUGAACAAAGAAAUCAUGUAAUCGUUUGACAGGGUCGUGUAGGAUAGCUUCUGUGACAAAUUUCACAAAAUCCGCGAUCGGAAGAUGCACAAUGUGCACACCUCAGACUCGAAGACUUUCCAAUGACACGUGGGUUUUGAGAGUUUUGAAAAUGAAGCAUGACCAUGUGGCAUAAUUAAAGACACCUCAUUGAAUAUAUUACAAAGGAUGAAACAUCUUGUCUGGUAGACAUGACUAGUAAAAGUAAGUUUCAGAAUGGGGGUAUGGAAUUGGACGCCUCCUUCUCCUCUUCAUUUUGUACUGAGUUGGAUGCCCAGAUGCUUGUUGCUAUGGAAACAAUGGAGAAACAACCAAGGUCACAAAAGAGUCUACCUAAAGGAACCAAGAAAAAGUCUCCUGUACUGACCUCUACCCCGCAGUGUGUGACCCCGUUACCAAGGCGACAAGCUCAGCUGAUGAAGUCACUGUUCACACUGCAGAGUCCAUUAAAUGACAGUUUGUUUUCUCCAUUUUCUUCACAAACAACAGAUAAUGUUAAAGAGGGGGAACAGUUGACCCCCUCAAGUGCCAUGAAUGGAAAACCCUGCAGAAAACGUACAAGGAAAGUUCUGAAUGAAAUUAUCAACGAGAAGGAGAGAAUAGAUGAAAACAGUGAGUGUACCAAGAAGAAGCUUUUGAGUGGCUGCUCAACAGAAGGUCAGAGGUCAAGAAUUGAGAAACAAAAUGGGAUUGAAUCUGAUAUGGAGGGUCAGAGGUCAGUAGCUGAGAAACAGGGUGUGAUUGGAUCUGAUGUUGAGGAUCAGAGGUCAGGGGCAGCAAACAGAAUAGAUGGGACUGAUGAUGCAGAGCAGAAAAUGCUCAGUGAAGACAAUGGCCUAACGGAAAAUGGAAUAAUUGAUGGAGACAAGUUAUUGCUGAAGAACUGGGGUCUCCCUGAGCCAGUGAUGAAGCAGUACUCAGACAAGGGGAUCACAUCCAUGUUUGAAUGGCAAGCGGAGUGUUUGUGUCUGCCAGGGGUUCUAGAUGGAGGGAACUUGGUGUACUCAGCCCCAACCAGCGCCGGUAAAACCAUGGUGGCUGAACUCCUGGUGUUGAAAAGAGUUCUAGAGACCAAGAAGAAAGCCAUCAUUAUCCUGCCCUUUGUGUCGGUGGCCAGAGAGAAGAUGUUCUACUUACAGCAACUUUACCAGGAAGUGGGCGUGUCAGUGAGUGGGUUUAUGGGUAGCUACUCCCCGCCCGGAGGACUCAGUCAGGUGGACGUUGCAGUCUGUACCAUUGAGAAAGGAAAUGGACUGAUCAACCGACUCAUGGAGGAAAACAGGCUAGAUCAGCUAGGUAUUGUGGUGAUAGAUGAGCUUCACUUGGUCGGGGACCAGCACAGGGGGUACCUGCUGGAACUAAUGCUGACCAAAAUCAGGUUCCUCAGUCAGAGGAUGAAAAAACCAGACCCCCAGAACAUGGAGUCCAGUUCAACAGAGGGGAUUCAGAUCAUAGGGAUGAGUGCCACCUUACCUAACCUUGACCUUUUGGCCCGCUGGCUAGAUGCCACCCUCUACCGCACGGACUACCGUCCUGUCCCUCUCACCGAGUGUGUCAAGCUCGGGGCAGACAUCUUUGAUUCUCGCCUCCAGAAGAUUCGCGAGGUUGACCUUAGCGUGACCUUCAAGGGGGAUACGGACCAUGUGGUACCCCUCUGUUUAGAGACCCUCAGGGAUGGUCACUCGGUCCUCAUAUUUUGUCCGACCAAGAACUGGUGCGAGAAAUUGGCGGAGACCAUUGCCAGGGAGUUUUAUGGGAUCCUGAAGAAAGCGCCUGUUGAUAUGCAGGCCAAUCAAGGUUCUGGAGGGAAUCCACCUUCUCCUUGUUUACCGCUGAGCCGGGCCUCCCUCCAAGAAGUGGUGGAGCAGUUAAGGAGGACCCCAGUGGGGAUAGACUCUACCCUGGGGAAGACCAUCCCUUAUGGUGUGGCAUAUCACCACGCAGGUUUGACCUUUGACGAGAGGGACAUUUUGGAGGGAGCUUUCAGGCAAGGUGCAGUCAAGGUCCUUAUAGCGACCUCGACCCUGUCCUCUGGGGUCAAUCUCCCCGCACGACGGGUCAUCAUCAGGACACCGCUGUUUCAUGGUAAAACCAUCGACUUCCUGACCUACAAACAGAUGAUUGGAAGGGCAGGGAGAAAGGGCGUUGAUACCCAGGGGGAGAGCAUCCUGAUCUGUAAACCUGGCGAGCGGAGUAAGGCUGUGACUCUAGUACAGUCUGCACUGCCCCCUGUCAGCAGUUGUCUCAUCAAAAACCAAGGGGAGCAACUCAGUUCCAGCAUGAAGAGAGCUAUUCUAGAGAUAGUUGUGAGUGGUGUAGCUGACUCGGUGCCUGAUGUGACAGCCUAUGCGUCGUGUACCAUGUUGGCAGCUUCCUUGGACACCAGCUCUGACCAAACACAAGGCAUGAUUUCUGCCUGUAUUCAGUUCUUGCAGGAGAAUGAAUUUGUGUCUCUACAGAGAGUCCGGUCCUCAGAUGGAGUUUAUGAAGACCGCUUUGUCCCAACACAACUCGGUGCAGCUGUUCUUGCCUCCAGUCUGUCCCCAGACGAGGGUCUGUCUGUGUUUGCUGAGCUUCAGAAAGCUCGACAGUGUUUUGUUCUGGAGAAUGAGCUCCAUAUUGUAUACCUGGUGACCCCCAUCUACUCUCUGGACCUGGGGGCGGGGAUGGACUGGUACAAGUUCUACUGCCUGUGGGACAAGCUGUCCCCUGACAAGAAGAGGGUGGCUCAGCUAGUUGGGGUCAGUGAAGCGUUUCUGACCCGGGCCAUCCAGGGCAGGAUACCAACCAAGACAGAGAACCAGAUUCGGAGUCUGGCCAUCCAUAAGAGGUUCUACACCAGCCUCAUUCUGAGCGACCUAGUCCAGGAAGUUCCCCUGGGUGAGGUGUGUCAUCGCUAUGGCGCCAACAAAGGCCAGCUCCAGUCCCUACAGCAGACAGCUGCCACUUUUGCAGGUAUGGUAACAGUGUUCUGUGCCAGACUUGGCUGGUACAACCUAGAGCUGAUUCUUGGUCAGUUCCAGCACCGCUUGACCUUUGGCAUUCAGCGAGAGCUCUGUGACCUUGUCUGUUUGACCUUGCUAAACGGUCAGCGAGCCAGAGUCCUGUAUGAUGGGGGGUUUCAUACAGUGGCUGCCCUGGCUAAUGCAAAUGUUUCUGACGUGGAAAAAAUCUUCAAGAAAUCCUCCCCAUUUCAGAGCUCCAAGAAACUGGAGAAUGAGACUGAGUGGGAGGCUGCCAGGCGACAGGAGAGUCGCUGUAUCUGGUUGACCGGUCGUAAGGGGGCCACAGAGAGGGAAGCUGCGCAGGCCAUUAUCCAGGAGGCCAAGUCCCUAAUCCAACAGGAGCUUGGAGGGCUGGGAAUCCAGUGGAAAACUCCGGACACAAGGAACAGCCUGGAGGAGGGAUCAAAUCCGGAUCAGAAUAGGAUGGACUGUUCCAGGGACCUGGAUAAAAGUUCAAAUAAUCACCAGAUUGGAUUGAUGAAAAUGAAGCCAAAGGGGUCAGUGAGAAAGAGAAGAUCUCUGAGUAGGAAGAGCCCUGCAUUAUCCCAGGCCAGGAGUUCCAGGGGUAAAGGCUUCGAUAGACAGGAGAAGUCGGUGGUUAUAAGUCCUCCAAGUUUCAACUCACAGAGUCGUAGGAACAAGAGUAAUAUUGGGACUGAUUCAGACAGUGGGAAACCUUGUGAUAACGACUGUAUUGUAAUUGUUGCUGACAGUAGUGGAGAUCCCAAUGAGAGACAGGGAAACAAAGAGAUCCCAAGUAUAAAGGAUUCUGUUGUAAGACAGAUUGAAGAACAGUCCUGUCAGCAGAGGAAUAGAAAUAAUCCAGAAGAGAGAGAUUGUGAAAAAAAAUUUACUUCUGAGGUCAGAGUACAACCCAAUCAUAUGUAUCAUAAAGAUCAGUUACAGAAAGAUUUGGUAAAAACUAAUGCAAACUGUAAUGAAGAAGCAGGAAAAGAACAAACGGGACUACAUGAGGCAAGAGAGAAACCAAGAGUGGAAGUCAUCAAAGCCAAUCCUAGUAGAUGUACAGAGAGAGAGAAUGUAUCCAAUAUGUCAUCAUCAUCAUCAUCAGCAGCAGCAGCAGCAGCAUCAUCAUCUGUCAUUAAUUCAUCAUCAAGACCGGCUGAGGACUCGCAUGUAUUCAAAUCCCCCAUAUUUUCUUCUUUCUCUACAGGGAUCAAGAAAUCAGGCCCAAAGACAAGAAGUUCCUCUUUUCCACUUUCCACAUUGUCUACGUCAUCCACAUCUCUGGGUUCUUCCACAGCAUCUGUAGUGAUGUCUCCUCAGCUGGCAAAAAGCAAGAAUGACCUGAUCAAAAUACCUUCAGAUGAAAGAAACGCUAUGCCAAACCAAAGCAUUCAAAGAGGAAUACUGUCUGGUGUGCAAAAGAAAAUUACCAAUUCAACUGAUUUAAAGACAAUAAAUGGGAAGUUAAAUGAGCAUGAAUCUGAUGUUAGAACAAUAAAUGAAAGAAGACAGAAAGCUGAUUUAACACCAGAGGCUAACUUAGUGUUACUGGAUAGAGGUGAUUCAGAAGAGAGGAAAAAAUUACAAGAGAUCAAAGUUAACAAAACUAUAGAGCCAAUGGUCUGCUCUGAGGAUUUUGCAGACAGUUUUGUCUUUGAGUCACAGAUGGAUGGCAACAUAGAAGCAUUUCCAGGGCUGUGUAUUGAAAAUGCACAAUCGCUCCAAUCAAAGAAAACAUUUGGUGAUUCAGAGAAGAUAAACAGUAAAAUUGUUGUUGAUAAAAUAAUAGAGAAACAAAUUAAUUCAAAUGGAGUUUUUCAGCCCAAUGGUAGUUCCUCUUCAAAGAAACAUCUUUUGAGAAAUGCUCAUAGUGUACCGGUAGUUGAGAAACAGAGAACUAAUACAGCUUUGAGUACCGCUGGGGCAGCUACGGUAAACAAGGAACAAGUGGAUGAUGAACAUUCAACAGAUGGAAAUGAUAUGAACCUUAGCUGUAGUCUGCUUUCAUCACAUGAUUUGUCAUGUGACCUCCUACCAGCCAGUAACUUUGAGAGAUGCAUGGUGUCAGACGACGAAUCUGAUGUUUGUAGAGAUGAGUCGUACAGGGACCUCAGAAUUCCCUAUCUGAGUGGACAGGAGGCAUGUUUUGAUGGUAAUGAAAGGAAAGCUGACCCAGCACUGGGGGGUUAUCAGAUUUCACAGGGUCUGUUGCAGGAGCUUGAUGAAACUUUCAGUGAAGACUGUAGUCAAGGGUCAAAAGGUCAGAGUCAAAGGUCAGCUGGUCAAGGAGGUUCAUUUAAAAAUGAUAAGAAGCAAAACAAUGAUAGCAUAGAUGGCAUGAAAGCCUCAAAAGUAGAACAGGGUAAGGCAGCAGAACAAAAUUUAAAAACUUUUGAAAAGAAGAAGAAUGGUCAAAUAAUUGAGAGGAAGAUGGAGGAGGCAGAGUUUGGAGUAACAGAAGAGAUGGAUGACUCUCUGACUUUGUCGAUGGUGUAUGAAGUGAUAGAGAACUGUGAUAAGGGGCAGUGCAAUAAAAACUUAAACUCAAAGGCAGACAAGUCCAAUACCAACCAACUAACAUCUAGGAGGAGUUCUCAGCGCAGUGCUAAAUCAAAUUCAAAAAAGACAAAUGAAAUCAUAUGUGAGGAGCUAAAAUCAAAAAAGAGUUCAGAGUGCAAUAAAAGAUCGACUUUAAAGUCAAAAGAGUCCAGUUUUACCAAAGUGAAAUGUAGUAGAAGUUCACAAGACAAGGACAAGAGACUAAGUCCAGGAACACUGGCUUUUCUGGAUGAUCUUCACACCAGUCUAGACACAGACAGUGACACCGUAGUAAUGAAGACCCCAUUGUGUCAGAGGAGAAGGGGAAAUAACAACAAAGAGGGAUCAACAAGAGAUAGUGUAGUGAUGGAUGAAGUGAUGGAUGAAGAUUUACAGAAUGGAUUUUCUGGAGAGGAUAAUGUUAGAACAAACGAAUGCCUGUCUCCCACCCCUCCUAGACUUAGUCUUGUUAAUUCACCAAAAACCGUCCGAAAGGCCACGCCCAAUAGACAUAGGCCUCAGAAACAAGAUGACAGAAAAUCAGCAAGAAAGAAUAUAGAAUCAUUGGGAGUGUCCAUGAAGAACUCCAAGGUUCCAUUUGUGGAAAGUGCUAAAUCCGCUGAGGAGGAGGUAAGGGAAUGGAAUUCUGGGAAGUUGGAGAGUCCCACAGGGGAAGAUCCCCCCUAUGUGGAGAGAGGGCCAGUGGUCGAUCCCAACGAGACUGGUAUACCUCCCUCCCAGGGUGCUUUCACCAUCAUCGAUGUGUGUGCUGACAAGGUGCUGUUUGAUACUUUCAUUAAGGAGUGGAGUUGCCAGCCAUCCUUUGCUAUCUCACUGGCCUGUAUAAACAAGCCUAGAGACCCUGUAACCACUACUGGAGGAAUUGGGGCCAAGUUUACUGAAGCAGGGGACACAGGCCAUAAGUCUUCUAAAGUGAAAACAACUGAGCCUGGAGUUGCCUCCAAUGGGAUACCUGUGUGGGGUGUAAACCUGGUAAUUACAGGUGUGGCGGUCAGCUGGGGGGACAGGGAUGCCUACUUCAUCACCUUGACCUCAGAAAAUAUAGAAGAUGAAGAAGACACUGAUUUAUCUCCCCCUGACCUUGAUAAGUCUCUCUCUGUGACAGCGAGGCUGGCAGCCAUAAGGCAGGUGUUGGAGAGAAAGGACAGCUUCACAGUUAUUGCUAUGGACGCCAAGGCCUGUUAUGGGGCCCUAGAAAGGAGCUGUGGAAUAUGUUGUCAGGGGGAAUUCCAGGACCCUAAAGUAGCCACCUGGUUACUGGACCCUGGGGCAAAGGAAAAGAAUUUACACCGCAUGGUCCAUGAUUACCUCCCUUUAGAAGCAUUUCUAUUAGAAGACAUAGGGGGAGGGGUGGGUUAUGGGAGUCUAGGGAUGUCCCCUGAGAACCCUGGGUCGAGUCGGGUGAGGUCGUGUACAGAGGCUGUACUCCUCACCCACCUGAUGCAGUUCUACACUCUGUGUCUGACCAAGGAGAACCUGUGGACAGCCUUCCUAAACAUAGAGAUGCCCUCUUUGAUUACACUGUCUCAGAUGGAGAUGAAUGGCUUUGGUUUCAAUGAUGAGGAGUGUGAGAGACAGAAAAAUAUAAUGGUAGCUCGACUUGGUGAUCUGGAGGAGCAGGCGUACCGCUGUGUGGGACACCAGUUCUCUCUAACAUCCACUGAAGAUCUCUCACAGAUUCUAUUUAUAGAACUACAGUUACCUGUAAAUGGUGACCCCAGUAGUUUGGGACAGCCAAUGAGACCCAAUCGCAGGGCUCCAAAUAGUCAUCGAGGACGGCAAAAGUCACAAUUCUCCACCACUAAAGAAGUUCUGGAGAAGCUGCGCCCUCUGCACCCCCUCCCAGGGAUCCUAUUGGAGUGGCGAAGAAUUAGUGGUUCUCUGACUAAAGUGGUGUUUGCUCUGCAGAAGGAGAAGGUGUAUUGCGAGAACCUGGGGAUGCACAGGAUCUUCACAGAUGUCCAGUAUUUCACCGCCACAGGCAGAGUCAGUCUGUCAGAACCCAAUCUACAGAACGUCCCUAAAGACUUUCUCAUUUCUGUGUCAGCUCCAGUAGAAAACUUAAAUCACCUGGAUACUGCUGGCCAUAGAAACAAGAACCGUAACUCUGGACAGUCUGCUGACUCCUCCUUCAAUGUCAGCAUGAGGAACGCCUUCAUUCCUUUUCCAGGAGGUGUGUUGCUGGCAGCUGACUAUUCUCAAUUGGAGUUACGCAUGAUCGCACACCUAUCCCAGGAUUCCAAGCUGAUCAAGAUCCUUAACGGGGACGGAGAUGUGUUCAAGCUCAUUACGGCCCAGUGGAAGUCAAUCAGCGUAGAGGAGGUCACGCCUGAACAGAGGCAGCAGGCCAAACAGAUCUGCUAUGGUAUGAUUUAUGGUAUCGGGGCUAAGGCCCUGGGGGACACACUGGGGGUGGAGGAGAAUGAUGCAGCUGCCUUCAUACAGACCUUCAAGUCUAAAUACCCAGGAAUGAGGCGCUACCUGAAAGACACUGUUGAAAAAUGUUGUAAGAACGGGUAUGUGGAAACAAUAAGUGGACGACGCCGUUACCUGCCAUCCAUCUCCAACAAAAACCCCUAUGUCAGGGCCCAUGCUGAGAGACAGGCUGUCAACACCACAGUUCAGGGGUCAGCAGCUGACCUUGUCAAGGUCGCUAUGAACAGGAUUGAUGACAGAUUGUCUGCCAUGUUUCCACUUUCCAAAAAAACAUUCUCCUAUAAAGAAGAGCAGUGUACUGUGAUUGUAGAUGAGGUACAAGGAAUUGAGCUGUCCAGUGACCGGUGCUGUCUGGUUCUACAACUCCACGAUGAACUUAUCUACGAGGUCACCGAAAGCUGUCGGGGUCAAGCUGCUAAAGUCAUCAAGGAAGAAAUGGAAACAGCUAUGACCUUGUCUGUGAAAAUGCCUGUCAAGGUCAAAAGUGGGUUGUCAUGGGCAACAAUGCAAGAUUUAGCAGUUUGAGUAAGGCACAAAAGAGAGAAGAUAUAAAAAGAAUGAUGACUUUCAAAAACGUCUUUCAUAUUAGAUUGUUAGCAGCAAUUUAGGAAUUUUAUCUGUGAUAUGCAAAUGUAAUUGUAAAUUUCAUUUGAAAACUGUAUUUAUUUUUAUUAAGGCUUAUUUGUAAUCAUUUACCAUCAUAUUUUAUUUAUGAUAAAACAGUUGAAAGAUUGUAGAUAUUAUAAUGAAAUAAAAUGUGGCAGAAAUGUUAUGAUUGUAUCAAAACUACUAAAUGAAACAAA